AAGAAAACUGCUUUGAGAAACCUUCAUCUUCUAUAGAAAAUUCUGAUGUCUCUCUCACUUAUCCACUGAACACACACGAAACAAAAACAAAAGUAAAAAAAAAUGGAGCUUCGUCUCAAUCUCUGCAUAAUCUCUCUGCUACUGCUCUCAUCAAAAUCAACGGCCAUACAAUCCGACGACGAUCCGAUAAUCUCGCGGUUCCAACGAUACCUCCGAAUCAACACGGCCCACCCAAAUCCCCAGUACCGCGAAGCAGCGGAUUUCAUUCUCUCCGAGGCCGAGUCCCUCUCCCUUGAAUCCCAGACUCUCGAGUUCGUCCCCGGCAAGCAUCUUGUCCUCCUCAAAUGGCCCGGCUCCGAGCCCUCCCUCUCCUCCGUUCUUCUCAAUUCCCACACCGACGUCGUUCCGGCCGAGCACGACAAGUGGGUACACCCCCCUUUCUCGGCCAACUUGGACUCGAACGGCGACGUUUACGCCAGGGGGUCCCAGGACAUGAAGUGCGUCGGGAUUCAGUACUUGGAGGCGAUUCGACGGCUCAAGGCUUCUGGGUUUAAGCCCAAAAGGUCUGUUUAUUUGUCAUUUGUUCCUGAUGAGGAGAUUGGGGGACACGACGGUGCUGAGAAGCUGGCUGAAUCUGAUGUUUUCAAGGGAUUGAACGUCGGAAUUGUGCUUGAUGAAGGGUUGGCGUCGCCGACUGAGACUUACAGAGCAUUUUAUGCGGAGAGGUGUCCCAUGUGGCUGGUGAUCAAGGCUACUGGGGCUCCUGGUCAUGGGGCUAAGCUCUAUGACAACACUGCCAUGGAGAAUCUCUUGAAAAGCAUUGAGAGUGUGAGGCGGUUCCGGGCUGCACAGUUUGAUUUGGUGAAAGCGGGAUUGAAGGCUGAAGGCGAGGUAUCUGUUAAUAUGGUGUUUCUGAAAGCUGGCACCCCGACUCCAACUGGUUUUGUAAUGAAUAUGCAGCCAUCUGAAGCAGAAGCAGGCUUUGAUAUUAGGGUCCCACCAAUUGCUGAUCAGGAGUCUUUGGAGAAAAGGAUAGCUGAAGAAUGGGCCCCUACUUCACGCAACAUGACAUUUAGGCAUGGGCAGUUCAAGCAGAAGGUUUCGGUGCUUGAUAAGUCGGGGAAGCCAAUCCUUACGGCAACUGACAGUUCAAACCCCUGGUGGGCUCUUCUUGAAGAUGCUGUCAAAAAAGCGAAUGGGAAACUUGGUAAGCCAGAGAUUUUUCCUGCGUCAACAGAUGCUCGCUACUUCCGGAAUCUAGGCUUGCCAGCAAUUGGAUUCUCUCCGAUGGCCAACACUCCCAUUCUUCUUCAUGACCACAAUGAGUUUCUAAACAAAGACGAAUACUUGAAAGGAAUCGAAAUUUACGAAUCUAUAAUCAAGGCGUACGCGUCUUAUGUCGAUCAUGGGAAAAUCGCAGCAGGUUCCCGGGAUGAGCUGUAAUACCACAACGCGUACGGAUCGUUACUUGUCUCUUGAGACGAUGCCUGGUAUUUUUGCAUUGUUGUAAUAUAUUGAUAUGAGAAAUGCUUUGAUACUGGAUGUAACAAUAAGGUGGAAGAGGAAGAACCUUGCCUCACAAUGCACAGGGCCUACUAUUUGCAAUGCUGGUUGAUGUGACUUUUAUCCUUUAGAAAAAUGGUUUCAGGAAAAUAUAUUGGUUGCAUGGUAUCCCAAAUCGGAUAAUGCUUGUUUUUCCGAUUAUGGGAAACCUACUUUGUCCCUCCA